GGUGAGUACAAUUUUUAAGUAUUUUGGAUUUGGGCCAAAACUAGAAAAUUAAAAAAAAAAAGCAACAAACUAUGAUUUCAUAACAAUCGCAAGUUUGCAAUUAUACCAAAAUUCACCUUUUUGUCCAUAACCGGGUGCUUUUUUAAAUAUGUCAUCUGCCAAUUCGCUACAGCUUGAGCUACAGGCUACAGUAGAUACUUAACCUCUAUGUCUUUAACUCUAGUUUCUUAAAGUUUAGUACGUCUUUUGUGGUUUGCAAUGAAUACAUUGCUAAAACAAACAUCAUUACAGAAUUUAGGAGGUUUAAUAAGAAGAACCUUAACUAAAUCCACUAUUUCACAUACUCCCAGAGGCUAUGAGGGUGAAGGAAAGACCACUAUGCACAUAAUGAAUAGAGACAAUGAGUUUGGUUUAAUGAUAGAUGGAUUUAGCCAGGUCGGGUUCAGACUGAACAAUCACAUGACAAUCUUAGGACCAAUGGUUUUAUUUCCAAGAUCUGUACUUGCUUGGAACAUCUCUGAUAUUUUCGAUGUAAAUGAGGAUUCUUUGUGUUUGUUGGGAGUGUUAGAGCCAAAAAUAGAUAUUUUAGUAUUAGGAACGGGAGAUAAAACCGAUUCAAAUAAAAUUUAUAGUAUGCUUCAUGGCUUCUCUAGAAAGCAUAAUAUUUGCCUUGAAGUUCUUCCCACCGAAGCAGCAUGUCCGACUUUCAAUUUUUUAAACGCAGAGGGAAGAAAUGUUGUCGGAGCAAUGUUGCCCCCGCAGAACAUUAAUUAUUCCGAUGAUGAUCACCUUAGAACAAAGUUAAGAUAUGAAAAGUUGUUUGACAAACGGUAGUGAAUUAAAGUUUAUAUGGAAAUAAAAAUUAAACUAAACUGGA